AUGAGUUACCAGCAGCACCGCCGGCAGCAUCACAGCGGCCGGCAAGACGAAACAAGAGGCCGGCAGAUCCACCAGGAAACCGUUCGCGCUGCCGCCUUCCCCGUGUCUGUGGCUGACGGCCGUCGUUUCCACAACCUGCUAGCCGACUAUGACCCCUCUCAGGCUGCUGUAGCACAAGUGGAGCAAAGGGCCCGGGAAUUAGGGGUCCCAUCAGGAGGAGUUACUGUAACGGGGGAAGGAGGCGUGAACGUGACGGGGAAAACAGGAGUGACUGUGACGGAAGAAGGGCACGGGGAAAGGAGCGGAGUGGGUUCAUCACUGCCAGGUGUCGGGCCAUCAUUGGGUGCUCCGUCUGAGGAGGAGUUUCUUCGAGCAGGCUUGGAGCUUAAAGAUCAGAUUGUGGCAGCCACAUGGACGAACGGAGCCUCUGCUCGAAGGGUGCGGGACCCAUUUCUCUACGUGGGUCUGCUGGGGACAGCGUGGGUGUGCUUCAGGGCCUAUCAGGCCACAGGAGACGUUGCUGACCUGGCACUUGCUGCUGACAUCAUCCGGGCUGCUGCUGACAUGGCAGAACGCCAUCGAACGCAUUACACCUUCUACUGUGGGCAACCAGGAAUCCUCGCCUUGGGAGCUGUCGUUCACCAUCAUCUCAUGCAACGCUCCCCACAGCAGAAGCAGCAGCAGCAGCACGAAGAGCUAGACUCCAAUCCCUACCUCCGCUCCUUCCUCUCGCUCCUCACCUCCGCGCUCCCCUCGCUCUCCCUCCUCCCCUCAUCCCCCACCGACACUGCACCAGCCACCAUCCCCCACGAGCUGCUAUACGGACGAGCAGGCAUGCUCUGGGCCUUCCUGUUCCUCCGUCGGAACCUUCCUGUGGAGAUGCGCAGGAAGCUUCUUCCUCUCUCGCUCGCCCGUCCCAUUGCUGCUGCCAUCGUGGAUGCUGGGCUGUCUCUGGCAUCGACAUAUGGUCAUGGUAAGCAGAGCGACAAGCAUGCAAGACAGGACUGCAGGGAUGACACUGUCGCCGACACCGCACCAGCCACCAUCCCGCACGAGCUGCUAUACGGACGAGCAGGCAUGCUCUGGGCCUUCCUCUUCCUACGUAGGAACCUUCCUGUGGAGAUGCGCAGGAAGCUUCUUCCUCUAUCUCUCGCCCGUCCCAUUGCUGCCGCCAUCGUGGAUGCUGGGCUGUCCCUAACGUCGACGUAUGCUCAUGGUAAGCAGAGCGACAAGCAUGCAAGGAACCUUCCCGUGGAGAUGCGCAGGAAGCUUCUUCCUCUAUCUCUCGCCCGUCCCAUUGCUGCUGCCGUCGUGGAUGCUGGGCUGUCUCUGGCAUCGACGUAUGAUCAUGGUAAGCAGAGCGACAAGCAUGCAAGGAAGCUUCUUCCUCUAUCUCUCGCUCGCCCCAUCGCUGCUGCUAUUGUGGAUGCUGGGCUGUCCCUUGCGUCGACGUAUGCUCAUGAAGCGAUAGUGGAUGCUGUGCGUGCGUGCGGGCUGACUUAUGCCCACGGUAAGCACAACGACAGGGGCAGGCAAAAUCAGACUGCUGCAGAAUGUACGAGUGAUGGCAGUCCUCUCCCGCCCCUCAUGUAUGAGUGGUACGGCACCCGUUACCUGGGGGCAGCACACGGCGUAGCAGGGAUAUCCCACGUGCUGCUGCUGCUGCGGAGAGAAGAACUGGAGGAGGAGGAGGAGGAGGAGGAGGAGGAGGAGGAGGAGGAGGAGGAGGAGGAGGAGGAGGAGGAGGAGGAGGAGGAGGAGGAGGAGGAGGAGGAGGAGGAGGUGGAGGAGAGGAGUGAGGAGAGGGGUGCAACGGCAGGCGUUGGGGAAGCAGCAGUGGGAGGAGGCCGUGCGAGGGACAGGAGAGACAGGACAUUGGAGGAGGCGGCAGAAGCAGCAGGAGCAGCGCUCGAGUACCUCGUAGCCACUCGCCUGCCUUCGGGGAACUAUGCUGCGAGCGAUGAGGAGAGUCGAGCAGCUGCUGCCGCACUCAGGAAAGCACGUACACGAGAAAGCAGUAGCGCUGCUGCUACUGCUGCUGGGGGUGGGAGCACGGGUGUCGGGGAGGGGGAGAUAAGGGAGGUGGAUCGGUUGGUGCACUGGUGUCAUGGCGCCCCUGGUGUGGCUCCAGCUCUCGCCCUUGCUGCCAUGCUGUUUCCAUCCAAGCCCCAGUUGCUGCAAGCAGCCAUCGAGGCUGGGGACGUGGUUUGGCACCGAGGCUUGCUGCGCAGGAUUGGCCUCUGCCACGGUAUCAGUGGCAACGCCUACACCUUCCUAGCUCUCCACCGAGCCACAACCGCAGGCUCGGCAACCGUCUCUGCCCCAGGCUUGGGAUCAGCAGCUGCUGAGGGCGCUGGAACUUCUAUGGCUGCCACGUCAGUGUUGCCUGGAGCGGCGACAGCAGGAGACACUGCCACGUCAGCACUGGUGACACGUCACCUGCACAGAGCACGUGCGUUUGCUGGCUUUCUGCAUGCCAACUGGCGCCAGCUGGCGGAGGCAGGCACGCUGCACUGUGGGGACCACCCGUUCUCCCUUAUGGAAGGUCUGGGCGGCCCUACUUGUCUGUUUCUGGACAUGAGCCGGCCGAACGAAGCAAGGUUUCCAGGGUAUGAGUUGUAG